GGAACAGUAGUGAACGCAGUUUGAGUAUCAGUAUCAGUUGUAGCGGUGAGGAAAGCUUUGCACUUGAAGGCCAACGCUCGGAGUGUAGGAGGAUGGGUAGGUUGAAGGAAAUGUGCAGUUCUUGAAGGAGAUAACAGAGCAAAGUUUCUGUCCUAUACUAAAUACCAUGGGAACCAGAGGAGUAGUUGGGGACAAAUGGUCCAUGAGAAUUCUUUGGGCUUGUGCUAUUGGAAGUGCUAUCGGCCUGUAUAUGGUUGCUGUAGAAAGACAAGCAAAGAACAGGGAAAGAAUGCUUGCUGAAGGAUUGAAGGCAAUGGAGUCUGGGGAAAGCAAUGGCGGAGAUGUUUGAAUUGUGUCACAUUAUGGUUUUAUGAAAAAUGAGUACUAUCAUAUAGCAGAUGCAGAGUUUCAGAUUUUCUGAAAGGUGUUUCUCCUUGUGUAAAAGGUUUCUGCAUUCAUCUUUUGUCCAUUUGUUAACAGUAUAAUUUCUUAAGGUUUGAGCAUUUUCCAGUGGGAAAAUAAUCAAGUAGAUUUUCAUUUCAAAUUUACUCUGGGAAGGAUUGAAGUGAGCUAUCAUCGAAAUGAAUAAAAGCC